UAAAAAAAGGCAAACCACCGAGGCAGCUACUCCAGCAAGCGGUGUGAAGUCAUUCACUUUAACGACAUCCAUAAACGGCCGUAUUUUGUCAAGCUUCAGCGACCAAGAGAUCAGCUAAUAGACGGAAAGACAAGGCAACGAUGAUCGACUGGGAGUUUGCGCAAUCGAUGCUGUUUUGGGCUUUUGUCCCGAGCAUGGCGACAAAGUUCAUCCAGAAGCAGUAUUACGCGUACGUCCGCAAGUCGAGAAGACCACCAACGCCCGCGGAAGCCAAACGACAUUAUAGCAUCAUCUAUGUCGUUUUUGUCGUGGGAUACCUGCUGUACACAUUCAUCACCGUGGAACGGGCGCUACCAUUGACACAUUACGACUAUCUCGGCGUGGGGAGAAACAGUGACGCGAGGACGAUCAAGUCGCAAUACCGUCAGCUAACCUUGCUGUUUCAUCCGGAUAAGAUAUCAUCGCUGGAACCACAGGAGCAGGAGUUUAUGGAAGGGCGAUAUUUGCUAAUGCGCCAAGCAUAUGAUGUUCUGAAGGAUCCCGUAAAACGGACGGCAUAUGACAAAUUUGGCACGAACAUGGAUACAUGCCCCCGCUGUGUCACCGAGCGGGAUUACGUCUUAAAUGCCUUACCAGGCGUCGUGACGUUCUACGUUGGCACAGGUGUCGUUAUGCUCCUCAUGGGUAUGUUUGGAGGUCUUGGCGGAGGUCGUUACUGGCGCUUCGUAGGCGUCUUGGCAAUGGGCUGCUUCGAAUCGCGCAUCCUGUUGAGCCCCAGCACGUCCGUCCCCAACACGAUCCUGCGGACAUUGAUCCCAUGGCGAACGACCCACGAGCAUAUUGAGAUGCUACGACAGCUUUUUGUAGUAAGCACGAUUGCCAUGGCUCAACUCGGGCCCAUACUGUUCCCGAGCGAAGAUGACGGGCGCACCCUGACCCAGCUGGUAUCGGAGCUGGAUUCCAUGACACAGUUGCAAUUGAAGGAAUCGGCCAGGAAUUUCCGCGCCGCGUUUGAACCGUUUGCGAAGGAUCCGGUAGCGGUGACGGCGUUGCAAAGGAAGAUGGAGAAGCUGGCGGUGGAUACCCAGCUGUUGGAGGUGGAUCAGGAGAUUGGGCUGGCGACUACUAAAGCCGCUGUGAAGCUGUCGAAACGGAGAACGUAGGCCGUGUAGGGGGCGGUUUGUAGUGGAAUCACGACGGAUCGCAUAUGAAUUACCAAGAAUAGAUACAAUAUAGCGCUAUAAUCACGCAUUCGCUG